AAUGUCGCGGGAUUCACUAGAGCAGCAGGUGCGAAAGUACGGCGAAAGAGGGCAGAGAGAUGAACUGGAGUUGCUUAUUAAAAGUACUUCAGUAAAACAGUUAACAGACACUCUGAAUGCCACGAUAUCCCGAAGUGAAGGUAUCAAUUUCUGGAACUACUUUCUGCUGGCCUGUGACACUGAGAGCGAGGAGUCCAAGAAGAAACGGUUCGCACUCGUCCAAUGUUUUAUGGAUGGACUGCGUAGUGUAGAGCUGAACUACAAACAAUCCUUCGAUUUGAUCACACGAUUGGCCCAGGACUUGCCCACCUUCUCUGCUGAUGAACUGGCUUGGAUUAUUGAGCACUGUGUGGAUGGCAUGCGACAGGGAGACGCCAAGUGCGUUGGUUGGAAGGAUUUGUUGCCAGAUUCACUGGCUCUGCUUUCGGCAACUCCACGUUUUAUACUAAAUGGGGUGGGAACCGAUGGAACCGAGUAUAGAAACAACACAGUGAAAAGUAUAUGUACCAUGCGUUGGCCGUCUUCAAUCCUGACCCCCAUUGCUGACAUGUUCAAGGCCAUAAAUCUCAGCAACGGAGAAAUUUUGACCGUAUUAAACAAGUUCUCCGGGGCUCUGCAGGAGCUAUCGCCAAUGGAGCUACCAGCUCUGUGCUUCCAGCUCUUUUCGAUGUGCCAAAAUGCCUCACAACUGAUUGUACCGCUGCUGGCAUUGGAGAAGUAUUUUCAACGCAAUUACUAUAAGCGAUUGUUCUCAGACAUGAGCAGCAAUUCUACAGAUUUCGACAGCAUAGAUCCAUUUUCGGACAAAGAGCUGCGGGAGGCCGAAGAGACUAUACUCCAUCAUUUGAAUUACUGUACUAUGUAUAAGCUAACUGAGAAACAUCUGGCUAUAAUGUUGAGGAACUUCUCGCAUUUGCCCGAUGUCAUUCUCACGCCAUUCAUGCUCAGCGCCAUUAUUUCCAUGACAAGUGUGAAUCGUGAUCCAGAAUCUGCGCGCAUUUCUCGAUCCAUUUUGCUGCCAUUCUUGCGAAAUGUUAUAAAGAAUAAUGAAGAAGAGAUAACAUUGGCAGACUAUUCCGUUUGGUAUCGUGAUUCGUUACAGCGCAAACAAGUCGACUUGCAGCAGGUCUUAACGGUGCUCAUAGAUCAGAACAAAGAUGGAAAAGAUGUGAUAACACCAGGACUAGUCCACCUAGUAUUUUUUCUGCUUAAAUCGCACUCGCCCAAAAUGCAUACUCUAGCAAUUACUUUUUUAACAAAGUUCAUUCGCAAACGUUUCAUCUUUGGGCAAGGCAUCAUUAGACUCCUCUCUGAGUGGAUGAUUGUACAUCAAGAUCAAAACCAGUUUUCGGAAUGUUUAACACUAUUAAGUGUAGCUGACACGUACACCGUCUCAGAAUGCACUAAAACCAUCCAAACAGUUAUGGAGCAUAUGCUAUGGCUGCCUGGAGAACAAGCCAUGCGCAUGAUGAACUUUCUUUUGCCCCUGCUGAAGAUUUCGAAUCGAGUUCGGGAUGCCCUGAUUGAUGUGCUGUGCAAAGCAAUGGGUUCUAGCGGCAUGCAAAAACGUCGGAUGGCCAUUUACGGAUUUUGCAUGAUCCUUAAACAGCUUAACAACAGUAACGCACUGCGUCAGACCUCCAGUGCAACCAGUUUCUGUACUCAGCAGAGCAUUUCCGGGUACUCAAUGAUGACACAAAAUAGCCUAGGAAGUCGAAGCAAUCCGCAGCGCAAUUUCGACAUGCUUACUCUGGAAAUUAUAGGAAUGCUGCGAAAUUGUUUGCAGCAGCAGUUUGACAUACGAUGUACGCUUUAUGAAAAUCUGCAACGGGCCGUGGAGCUAAAUGCAAAGCUUGUGCCUCACGUCUUGCAAGUGAUUGAUUGGCAUUUUCGAAGCUUUUUUGACACUCCCUCUGCAGAGGAGGCUGCCGACGAUUUAGACACAGUAUUUCGUAUACGGUACGAUCAGCUGGUCACUGCCAGCGAUCAACAACAUAUGGAAAUUCAGCUUAAAGAUAACCUGGGAAAGUUGGUUCAAUUCGUGGCUAACUGCUUGGUUACCUUUGAGCGUGCUCCUUCCGGCUAUGACACACGUGAGAUAAGUCGUCUCCUGGCCUUAUGCGUGCAACGAAUGGUGGCCAACAGAUUGCCAAUAGACGACGUUUCCCCUCCAGCCACCCACCUGAAAUGCGCUCUAGUUCUGCAACAACUCAAUCUUAUUGAAGGAAUCGUUUCCCACUUAUUGCUCAGCUCCAAGCCAAGCAACGAUGCCAUAUGUCAAGUUCUGCCCCUAUUUAAGCAGCAUUGCAAGUUAUUAGACGAUCUUAAGACUUUGGCUGGCUCCUCCAAGAAGCUACAGAAACAAUCAAAGAAAACUGUCAGCAAUGAUACCACAACUUCCAUUUUCAAUCUUACUGUAAAUGGAAUCCCAAUGAAGAGCAUGUGCACACAACCUGAGAAUAUAUGGGACUUGUCUAUAUUGGAUAAGCUUCUUCAUCUACUCCUCGAUGACGUCGUUCCAUUUGCCGCGUCUGAGAAAACCAUUCAGUUGCGGUCCAACGAGUCCCUGGUUCGUUAUGUUGUGCAGAUUACCGCCGAAAAAGUGAAAAACAUUCGGCUUGAACCUGAUUACAAGCAACUAGCUUACAGCAAACGUACCUUUAAGCAGUUAACAGACAUCACCAAGAUUAUUUACGAGCGCUGCAUUCGACGGUUGCCUGAGCUGUGGCGAGACUUUGACAUGCAGACAUCCUCUCUGGCGGCUCAAUGUUUUGUUGAGUGCCUACGAACAGCCCACGAAACCUAUAGCAAGAAGUUCAAAGAAUAUGUCAAGGGAUUUGAUAUGGCAUCCCUGAACAGAAGCAAAGCAGUGACGUACGUUGUCCAGGAUGUGUUAGACGAGUUUAUGAAAGAGUAUGCCAGUGAUGACUCACUUAACAAAGAUACCUUUAUCGCGAAAUUGCCGGUAUAUCUUCUGGAGUCAUUGGAAAUUCUGUUCGACCAUAUAGAUUAUGGAGAGCGUGCGGCAACUGAGUCCUAUACUUGGCUCCUCAAUUUUUGUCGUACUCACGAGUUGGUUAAUCCCGAAAUGGGCUUAGUGCAUAACCUUCUAUUUAUACAGCGUCAGAAAACGCACUCGGGUCCCUUUUUUGAAAGCAUUGCCAGACAAUUGGGGCAUGUGCUUGGCGCUCUUAAUGAUAAUAUAUCAAUAGAUCUCCCAGAUCCAGGUCUAAAGUCGAUAAGCACAAUCACCGCUGAGAGCUGCUUGCAACAUCUCUAUGUUGCCGUCCAGAAGCAGCUCCUAAAUGUAGAAUAUUUCGUCGUAAAGGCCAACAAUUUAAGCUACAAAUGUCAACUAGUGCCGGAAUCAGAUCAAAGUUAUUGGCGGGGAAAUCUAGAUGUCAUGGAGCGUUCUAUUUGCACUCAAAUAAUUCAUAUUACGCGCACGCUACUGGCUCUAACCAAUGUCUGCAUUCCUCUGGGAUCGUCUAUGGAUGGACUAAUGAAAUUGUUGAUACAGCACUAUAUAUGCCUGAAGAACCUGACAAGGCACUAUUUGUCCUGCUGCACAUCAGACACCAGCAACGCUAACAUGCGAAGCACUAAAUUCGAACUGCUACUACGGGAAGUAGGAAAGCAACUGCCGGCCAAUGUCUAUGAACUUAUUACUUACAUAGAAGCUAAUACUCUCGAUGAGGACAAUCAGCAUCUCAAGACACGCAACGUACAAGCACAGCGCGCAAAAGUUCUGAGAGAGACUCGCCUUAUUCCCAAAGUAAUAAUGGUUAUUGAGGACUUCAACAAGCACAUAAUUCUAUUGUCUAAGAAGACCAAAACCUUUAAUAGACUAACAGAUUAUCUGCAUCUUGGAACCAUGCGGGACUUUGAUAUCAAAUCAACUGAUCUCAAAGCGGCAAUAGAACGUAGUUUAACGGACACCCAUGAGGUCGCUGAAGAUGACUGCACUACAGAGGAUAUGGAGGACAUUGAUCACUCUAAUGAUCCAAGCAAUGAUGAGGAAGAAGAGGCAGAGACGGAAAUAAUACAAGCCCCUAAUAAGAGACAACGACAGAGACGAGCUCCUAUCAGUGAUACGGAGGAGUCGCAACCAAAGCGUAGACGGGGUCAAAAAGCUAAAAUAGUACAGAGUGCCAAACCACAAAGCGAUGAUGAGCAGGAAAGCAAUGAAGAGCAACUUGAAACCAUUCAGACAACGAAGCUGCGUAACAGAACUAAAAAGCGCCAAACGAAAAAGUCCACUCGUCUUUCGAAUGAGGAGGAGUCAGCUGAGGAAAGAGGUCCGACCGAGCAGCGCACAAAAGACAUGCGUAAAUCACAGGAACGCGAUACGGGGGUAAAGCCGCGUAGGCUCGGUUUGUUACGUUCUGGAAAGAAAUAAAUGCGAUUUCUGACUGAA